UCUGUGGACAAGCUCCAAGGAAUUCUCGCAACAUGGGGGGACCCUCAGUGGUGGCUGGUUCGUGGCCGUGGAUGGCGAGCCUACAGAAGAAUGGAAGGCACGUGUGUGAUGGGUCUCUGGUGGCCUUGGACUCAGUGUUGAGCAACGCCAACUGCUUCUCAAGCUCCCCUGUAGCGUCCGAGUGGACUGUCGUGUUGGGGCGUCUGAAGCUAAAUGGAUCCAACCCCUUUGAGGUGACGCUGAAUGUGACAAAUAUCACUCUGAGCAACACGACCGGGACCAACAUAGCCAUCCUCCGUCUAUCUGCCCAGCCCACCCUGACCGACUACAUCCAGCCCAUCUGCUUGGACAAUGGGAGAACCUUCGCCGAGGGCUUGGCGUGCUGGGCGGCCGGUUGGAGUCCUGGAAGAGGAGGUGCUGAGGAAGUUAUGCAGCAGUUUCAGACCUCGGUGGUAAACUGUGGGAACUCAUCAUCGAGUGAGAGCAUCUGUACAGACGUGUUUGCACUGCAGCAGGGUGAUUCUGGCGGGCCGCUGAUGUGUAAGCAGGGCGGCUCUUGGUUCCAGGCAGUCGUGUUAACAGCUCCAAGCUCCUCUGCCGGGAGAAGACGAAGCUCAGUCAUGACCUUCACCAGACUGAGCACCUUUGACUCCUUCCUGUCUGAGACGGUCAAGUCACUCUUGUCUCCAGCCUUGAAUAUCACCAGUGCCAACUCCGCCAAUCCCACCAAUGUCUCCGUCACUACCACUACCAGCAGUACCUACACCACCACAAUGGUUACCACUACUACUGACUCGAAAAGUGUGUUCGACAGCAGCGAGGGUCGUCCUGCUCACUCCUUCAUCUUUGUCUUCUUCCAUCUCCUCAGCUUCGCCUUUUGUCUCCAACUCUGCCUUUAGGGAACCCAAACUUGAUUCACAUGAUGUGAUGGACACAGAUGAAUGUGAACAAGCUUCGAUGUUGAGACUUUACAGGUUUAGAGCUUUGCCUGCCAAUCUUUGAUCUGAUUCUGCCGUCAUUGGAUUUCUACAGAGAGCUCAGUAAUGAUAUUCUGGAUAAUGAAAACAGGCAUUCAUACAUGAAAUACUCCUGGAUGAAUCUUCAGCGCAAAC